UUUAAGUAACCCGGAAGAAGAAGAUGCGGCCCUAAACCGGAUAUUACCGAGAAACGGAGGUUAGAAGUUCUCUCUCACAGCCAUCUUGGAUAUAACGUCCCAAGUCGCAACCAUGCCUGGUGAAGCCACAGAAACGGUCCCAGUCACUGAGCAGGAGAUGCAGCAGCCUCAAGUGGAGACUGCUACACCUCCUGCCCCAGCGCAGGCAGCUUCUGGCCCUGCUAAGCCCAAAGGCAAAGAUGCCAAGAAUGCAAAGGGCUCCUCUGCCCCAAAGGCUGUCCCUGGCAGAAGGAAACGCUCAUCAAUGUCUGCCUCCUCUUCCUCUCCCACCUCACCAAAAUCUACUUCCUCAACCCCCCUGUCACCUGUGCAAUCUCCCCUUGCUUCCUCACCUGCUAACCAGGGUAACCGCUCCGGUCCAAAAGUUGUCAAGGCUGGCAAACAAGGAAAGGCUAAGAAAGGAGAGGCAUUUGUGCCUGCUCCUGCCCCUGUGGAGAGCAAGGUCACAGGAGCAAAUGAAAAACCAGCAGAGUCUAUCCCCAAGCAAGCUGCAGUUGAGGCUAAACCUGCCCCAGCUGAGCCAAAAAAAUCCCCACCAGCUGCUACAAAGCCUGCUGCUUUUAAAGUUACCUCAAAGCCUGCUGUAGCUGCCCCAGUUUCAUUUUCAGAUACUAUUGCUUCUAGCCCUCCCAAAUCAGCUGAAGUUAAGGCACCUUUACCAAAAGCUGCUCCUGUUACUGCAGUAGCUGAUGAGGAUCUCCCUCCCCUUAUCCCACCUGAGAAGCACGUUAAAAUGCCAGUGUUUGUACCCCCUGUUGAGAAGGAGUGUGCAAAACCUGCUGCACCUGUUACUAAGGUUCCCAAAGCAGCAGCCCCAGUAAAAUCUGCUCCAGUUGAAGGUGCUAAAGUGGUUGCUGAAGCUUUAGCUCUACCUGUUGAGGCUGUUAAACCUGUUGAAGCUCCUAAAACCGUUUCAAAGGCCAAACCUGUACCUAUUAAGGCUGCUGAACCAGCAGUCAAAGUUGAAGCUGUUAAAGCAGCAGCCCCAGCCAAACCUGUUCCUGUUGAAGCUCCUAAACCAGUUGUUGAGGCCAAACCUGCUCCUGUUGAAGCUCCUAAACCAGUUGUUGAGGCCAAACCUGCUCCUGUUGAGGCUACUAAGCCAGCUGGAUCUGGCACUGAGUCGGACAGUGACGACUCAGUCCCUGAGCUGGAGGAACAGGACUCUGCCCAGACACAGACACAGCAAGCUCAGCUUGCAGCAGCUGCUGAAAUAGACGAGGAACCUGUCAGCAAAGCCAAACAGAGCCGCAGUGAAAAGAAGGCACGAAAGGCGAUGUCAAAGCUUGGUCUCAGGCAGGUAACAGGGGUCACCAGAGUCACCAUUCGCAAGUCAAAGAACAUCUUGUUCGUCAUUACCAAACCAGACGUCUACAAGAGCCCCGCAUCAGACACAUACAUCGUCUUCGGUGAAGCUAAGAUCGAAGAUCUUUCCCAGCAAGCCCAGCUGGCUGCUGCAGAAAAAUUCAAGGUACAGGGAGAAGCUGUAUCAAACAUCCAGGAAAACACACAGACGCCAACAGUACAGGAGGAGAGCGAAGAAGAAGAGGUUGAUGAGACCGGAGUUGAGGUUAAGGACAUUGAACUCGUCAUGUCACAAGCCAACGUGUCGCGGGCGAAGGCUGUACGCGCCCUGAAAAACAACAACAACGACAUUGUCAAUGCUAUUAUGGAGUUGACGAUGUAAGGGGACGCUGGCAACAAAGGGUCGAAGAGAGGUUGCUGAUUUAAUCUAAGCUCGUUUAUACAAUUUAUACCCAAGAUGGAAAUAAAGUUGUGGCUUGAUAAAAUGAAA